AUGCCUGCUACUGACAAGAGGGAGCGGAGACCUCCGGCACGAGGGGAGGAUGAGGGCUAUGUCUCGGCAGUGAACAAGAGGAGGAAAAAGCAAGUUUUUAACGAUGAUGACGAUGAUGAUGGAGACCGCAGCCGGAGUCCCCUGCGCAGAAGAUCACAAAAGGCAGCUAGCAGGCGACAGACGGAAAUUGAACUGGAGGACGUUGAAGAUGACAGCGACGAGUCAGGGGAAGAUGACGACGACGAAGAGGAAGAGGAGGAAGGAGAUGAGGAGGACGGAGAGGAGGGAAGCGAAGCUGAGGACGGUGAAGGGUCAGCGGUCAAAGGAAGUCGCCUUGCUGACAAGCUGCCUUCUCUGGAGGAGAUCAUGGAGGAGGCUCGGGAGAAAGGGCAGCAGCGAGAAGAUGCAAGACAGGCUGGGGGGCGUCACAGCGAGAAGCAACAGAAGAAGCGCAAGGGGACAAAGUCAGGCAACUUUGCAGCCAUCCAGGCGCCUCCCGGGGGGAUGAUGCGCCUGCUUCCGAUGAUCCAGGCCAUGGUGACUCAAGCAAUGCAAGGCGCCCUGCAAGGUGGAAGCCCAAGCUCGGUGGCAACAUCCCACGCGCCACGGAACACUAGCGGAGCCACCAACAAGUACAACACCCCAAAGACGCUGAAGACGAUUGGGAUGGCGGUUCACGCAGUGUUUGAGAACGGCUCUCUCGAGGGAGGCUUCUACACCACGGUGGACCCAAUUGCCAAAAUGGCGCGGGUCCUGCUCAAGGUGCCCGAAGACGACUACGACUGGACUGUUGGGUGGGUGGCCAAUCAUGGAGAACUCUGGCAGGCGGCUGCCACCAAGCAGAUGCAGCAGCGCAGCGAGGUGGUCAAGAAGGUCAAACAUCGACUACAUCUGGUUUACAACAUCCGGAAGCCGAAGUCGGACUACAAUGGCUUCCUGGCUGACAUCGCCCCACUGCAAGGCACCGGCUUCCGUGUGCGUAACGGUGAUCCUUUGGGAGACGUCAGGCUGAAGAAGGUCAUUGGCCACGUGUUCCUCGCCAACUGGAACGAGCGGGUCGACGAGUUGCACGUCUUCAUUCAGCAAGCAGCUAUCGUGGUUGCAGUGAUUGACAUGGUUAUCGGUAAUCCUCAAGAAAACCGUGCUCCAUCAGAUCGACUGCCCAAUGAUGGCAGCAUGGCGUUGCACUACGAGGCGUGCAUCAAGACACUUCAGGCGGAGGUCGACGAGUUUGCCGGAGGUGCGGAGUACCCGUUCAUCCGGGCUCCAGAACCCUCUUUGUUCAUGAACGGAGAGGAUAAGUUCGCUGCUCCUCCGAACGUCGCUCAGACCAACAGUUACGCUUCAAGUGGUAGCGUUAGGACCCCGCUUGCUUCACAGCCCGUGAACGUGGGGCAAAGCGUGGCCGGUACAAACAUUCCAGGGGUACCAAGCUGCCCGGCACCGGCGCAAUUUGAUCCGCAGGCAGUAGCGAGAGCUGUAGCUAUGCUUAUGUCAGGAGCAGGAGGCAAUAUGAAUCAGCCUAGUCUGUAA